GUUCGAAGUUAUUGAAGGAGCUCUCGGGGUCUGGGUGCUAAACCCCAAACGCUAGUCUUCGUUUGGGAAAGGAAAGAGGAGGUUUUUCCUUAUUCUUUUUUUUUUUAUUUUGAGAAGAGAAAAUUCAGAAACUUGAAGGCAAUCGUUAGGAUCGAGGCCAAAGUGGCUAGUGACGGUGGGGCGUCCUCCAAAACCAAGGAAAAAGGGUUGUCCGGUUUUUGAAAGUGUGUUGCAGAUAACAAUAGAAAAUAACCAGAAUGGGAGUGAAUGACUUGUGGCAAAUUUUGGAGCCUGUUAAGCAUCCCGUCCACUUGCAUAGUCUUGUUGGGAAAACCAUUGCAGUUGACCUGAGUCUCUGGGUAUGUGAAGCACAGUCAGUCAAAAAAAUGAUUGGAACGGUCAAGAAGCCCCAUCUCAGAAAUUUAUUUUUUCGUAUCUCAUAUUUAACUCUGAUGGAUGUAAAACUGGUAUUUGUUAUGGAAGGGGAACCCCCAGAGCUGAAAGCUGAUGUCAUAAACAAGAGGAAUCAGAUUCGAUAUGGGCCUUCUGAGAAAACACGGUCUCAGAAAACAGGGAGAUCAUAUUUUAAAUCAGUCUUGAGAGAGUGUCUGGAACUGCUGGACUGCAUAGGAAUCCCCUGGGUGCAGGCUGCUGGGGAAGCUGAAGCCAUGUGCGCCUACCUCAACGCCAGUGGCUAUGUGGACGGCUGCCUCACUGACGACGGAGACACUUUCCUUUACGGGGCCCAGACCGUAUAUAGGAAUUUCGCUAUGACAUCCAAGGACCCACAUGUUGACUGUUAUACAAUGUCGUCUAUCAUGAGUGAACUAGGUUUGAAUAGAGAUGCUCUGGUUGGACUAGCAAUACUACUUGGCUGUGAUUAUCUUCCAAAAGGAGUCCCUGGAGUUGGAAAAGAGCAGGCGUUGAAACUUAUACACAUUUUGAAAGGGCAAAGUUUACUUCAGAGGUUUAUGCAGUGGAAUGAAACAUCUUGCUCUUCUAAUGAACAACCAGUAACUGUUAAAAAACUGGCUCAUUGCUCCGUGUGUUCCCAUCCAGGUUCACUUAAGGCUCAUGAACGUAAUGGAUGCGAAUUAUGUCAGACUGAGAGACACUGUGAACCACAUGGCAAUGAAUACUGCUGUCCCUGUGAGUGGCACUGUGCGGAGCAUGAGAGGCAGCUCAUUGCUGUGGAGAACAACAUUAAGAAAAAAGCUUGCAGUUGUGAGGGGUUCCCAUUCCAUGAGGUUAUUCAAGAGUUCCUUUCGAACAAGGAUAAGUUGGUGCAGGCAAUCAGGUGCCAAAGACCUAAUCUAUUAUUAUUUCAGAAAUUUAGUCUUGAAAAAAUGGAGUGGCCCAAUCACUAUGCAUGUGAGAAAUUGUUGGUGCUUUUGACCCACUAUGACAUGACAGAAAGAAAGCUUGGUAGAAGAAACGCUAAUCAAUUACAGCCAAUUCGAAUUGUUAAAAACCAGAUCAGAAAUGGAGUUCGUUGCUUUCAAAUAGAAUGGGAAAAGCCUGAACAUUAUGAUAUAGAAGAUAAACAUGGAGAAUCAGUUCUACAAACAAUAGAAGAAGAAUCAUUGUUUGAAGCAGCUUAUCCUGAGAUUGUUGCUGUUUACCAAAAACAAAAGUUAGAAAUGAAAGAGAAGAAACAAAAAAGCAGGAAAACUAAGCCAAAAGCAAACAGUUUGACAGAAACAGAUGAUAUGAGUUUUCAGUCACACGUGACUUUAAAACCCACACGUGAAAUCUCAUCUAAGCAGAAUUCCAAGUUAAAUUUGGAAAUUUUUCCUGAUUCUACAUUACCCCAGGAAUCUAUUUCUGCAUCAUUGAAUAGCUUGCUUUUAUCUGAAGAUGCUCCGUGUUUGAAUACACAAGAACAGUUCAUGUCUUCUUCAAGACCUUUCACUAUGCAACAAAUUAAAGCUGUCAGUAAGCCUCCAAUUUCAGAAUCUAGUCACCCCAGUACCUCGUCCCACAACGUGUCAGCCAUCGCUGACCUACACUUGAGCACCAUUGACUGGGAAGGUACUUCUUUUAGUAAUUCUCCAGUUAUUUCAAGAAACGCUUUCUCUCACAGUUUAAAAUCGGAACUUGAAACAGCCAGCUCUAAAAAUAUUCCAUGGCCAUUGUGUGAAUCAGAAUGGGGAACAGCAAACAUUAAUAAAGCACUAGAUUGUGAUCUUCGAAAGACUAACCCUGAGGAGCAUCUACUUUCUCGCAUCACUGAUUUACGUCUUCAGGAUUUGCCUUUGAAGGAACGAAUCCUUAUAAAAUCAUCUUGCCCUCAAGAUAACGUACAACCCUACGCUGACCUGAAAACAUUGUCCCCACCUGCAGUAAAAGGAUCUUGUAUUGCUAACAGGAGUGCUGAUCGUCCUUCACAGCUUUCAAAGGAUCUUCUAGGAAUUGAUUUGCAAAAUGAAUCUCGAAACAGUAAAGUUCUAAAAGGAGACCAGCUGUUGCAAGAAAAGUAUAAAGUGAAUACUUCCAUACCUUAUUCUGUCAGUAACAUGGUCGUUCAGACCUCUGACGUUAGAGUCAGACUACCAGGUACUUUAGAUCAUAGGAGAAAAGUUGACGUGCAAACCACUCAGAAAACCGUAACGAAGAAAAGCGUUUGCCAUGACAGAUAUUCCUCUGAUGAAGAAAGUGCCCCAGUGUUUGGGAAAGCUAAGUAUGCAACUCAGAAAAUAAAGCAGAGUUCUCAGAAGCAUAAACCAGCCCAAGUCAAGAAAAAUGAUGCCAGCAAAAUGACUAACCCUAAGGUAUCUAUUAAAGAAACUGAACAGUAUGCCCAGGCUUAUAGAACAGCUGGAAAAGAAGAAACCUAUUUCCCAGAUGCAGCCAAAGGUUCUCUGAGUUUUCUUCAGAGUCAUAAGGAAGGAGACGACUCUGGUACUUGUUUGGAUAGUCCUCUUCCUUUAUGUCAGAGAUUGAAACAGGUUCCAAGACACUUGAAAUGAAAUUUAAAAUAUUUAAGUGUAACUUGUUACUCCAAUACCGUCGGCAGAGGCAGAGGGUAGUUAAUGUUUGGCAGAAAAAAUGUAAUGUGGUUCUAUAUGUCAGGAGAUAAUUUUGCCAUUUUAAUCAAAAUUACAAUUUUUAAAAGUUACCUAAAACUUCUAUUUUAAAAGAUAAUCCUUGGGGUGAAAACUGCAGAUGAUGUUUAUUUUUAAAACAUACCUUUACUAUUUUACGUAUCUUUAUUGAUUAUUUUUUAGUUAUAGCUUUAAAAUGUUAAUGUAAUAAUAGACAGUAAAUGCUUUAUCCAUUUGCUCAUUUUUACUCAUUUCUUAUACAAGCCUGCAAGUUUUUAUUUAUGUUUCAGCUUGUUCCCAAGAAGAUAGCUGUUUGUAAUUGCCUACAUUCUCGUGAUAUCUUCUACUGUGCCUUUCAUGAGAAUUAUAUUCUCUCUUAGAGUGAAGAUAUUUAAUGUGCCCCCUUUCAGUGUGGAUAACUUUAUUCUUUUUUUGAGGGGAAUGAUAGAAAAGAUGUAAGACGAUCAAUAUAUGUUGUAAAAAUCAUGGUUGUAAUGCUGAAUAAACUAAGGAAAGUCACUCUUUACAUAUCCCAGAAGUUAAUACGUAUGCCAGAUGGAAAAAUAUUUGAAAAAUAGAAUGUAUAACCAGAGAAGAAUUAGAAGUUUGCUCUGGAUCACAUAACUAAUUAAUAAUGGUAUAAGGACCAGAUUUCUUGCCUCCUAAUUUAUUGGGGGUUUUUUCCAUUUUGUUUUUCUUUUAUAGCACUUUUUUUUCUUUUCCUUAUUUUUGUUUUAAAAAUGAAUCUAUAUAAUAUUGAGUUCAGUAUCUCCAGAUAUUAAAUUGUGCAUUAGUUAUCACUCGAAAAGUCUAGAGGCAAUCAGAUUGGAAAGGAAAAAGCAAAACUGUCACUAUUUGCAGAUGACAAGAUUUUGUACAUUUGAAAUUCUAAGGAAUUCACUUAAAACUACUAGAACUGGCAAAUUGAGUUCACUAAGGUUGCAACAUAUAAAAUUAAUAUACAAACAUCAGUUGUAUUUGUAUACACCUCAGUGAAUAAUAGUAAAUUAAAUUAAGAAAAUUCUGUUUACAACAACACUGAAAGGAAUAAAAUACUUUGGAAUAAAUUUAACAAAAAAGUGUAAAAUUUAUACGCUGACAACUACAAAAUAUUGUUGAAAGAAAUUUUUUAAAAACAUAAGUGAAUGAAAAGAUAUCCAUGUUCAUGGAUUGGAAGACUUGAUAUUAAGAUGACAACACACACCAAACUAAUUCACAGAUUCAAUGCAGUCUCCAUCAGUUCCAGCUGAUUACUUUGCAGAAACUGACAAGCUGAUUCUAAAAUUCAUAUGGAAAUUUAAGGGAUACAGAGCAGGCAAAAUCUCAAAAAGAAAAAAGAGGACUCAGUCUUCCUAAUUCUGAUUUCAAAACUUACUACAAAACUACAGUAAUGAAGAAUGUGUUAUGGCGUAAAGGCAGACACAUCAAGAUCAGUGGGAUAGAACUGAGGGUCCAGAAAUAAACUCACAUUUAUGUUCAAUUGAUUUUUCAACCACUGUGCCAAGACAACUUAAUGAGGAAACAAGUCUUUCAGCAAAUGUUACUGGUAAAACUGGAUAUCCACAUGCAAAAGAAUGAAGUUUGAUCCGUACCAUAUACAAAAAUAAUUCAAAUGGAUCAAAGCUCUAAAUGUGAGAACUAAAACAGUAAAACCCUUAGAUGAAAACAUAGGCAUACAUUUGGGACUUUGGAUUAGGCAUGGAUUUCUCUGAUAUGGCACCAAAAGCUCAGACAAGAAAAAAUGGACUUUAUAAAAACUAAAAUCUUUGUGUUUCAGAGGACACCAUCAGAAUGGAGACAACUCACAAAAUAGAAAAAUUUGCAAAUCAUCAAUGUGAUAAAGGACUUGUAUCUAGAGGUACUUGUAUAAAGAACUCUUACAGCUCAACAUUAAUAAGUCAGAUAACAAAAGGAGGUAAAAUAUUUAAAUAGACAUUUCUCAAAAGAAGAUAUACAAGUGGCCAAUCAAUACAUGAAAAACUUCUCAACACUAGUCAUGAGAAAAAUACAAAUCAAAACCACAGUGAGAUCCUACUUCACAUCCGAAAGGUUGACUGGAAUCAAAAGGACAGAUAAUAACAAGUAUUGGUGAAG